GUGAGGCGCAGCCCGCGAGUGCUCACCCCUCCAAUACCCUACUCCAACCCAGUGUGCGGGGCACAUCUACCACCGCUGUGCCUCCUCCUCCGGCAGGCAGGCAGGCAGGCAGCAAACACUGCGCUGGCGCACGCACAGUGGAUCCCCCGUUCUAGCCUGCAGAGCACUCCCUGUGUGAUCCCCUCACCAUGCAUGAUUUCCUCCACCCAGUUAGACUUCCCUCCAUGCAUGGAUCCUCCCCAUACUCCAAACCCGGAGUCCUGAGUCCCUUCUCUCUCCUCCCGCUGGUGCUCUGCAAAGAGCUGCGUGAGGAGGCUACUUUGGAGCGCCAGCACUUGGUGAGGCGCCCCGAACACCCGGGCUCCGGGCUGAGGUGGCAUGCGAUCCAAGAGCUGGGAGAGGUGGAGGGGUGGGAUCCCAAAGGGCACUGGUUACCCUUUCGAGAUUGUGACACAGCAGAACCCUGGUUUGCUGAAGACAAGGGUCCGGUGGGUAGCGGAGAUGAAGCAAGAUGGCCAUAGUUUUCGCGCCUUUCGAGUUUGAAUUUGUAACCCUUUCAGUGCUGGCAUAGAGUGCCUCCGCCCACUUCUGCCACUCUCCUACAAGGCCCGGUCCCUGGGGAAACUCCACCAUCCGGAUCCAACAAGGUUCCGCGUCCCUUCUUGGACAUGGUAUCUCUGAAAUUUAUCUCUGAUUUACAGAAUAAUCCCUGCAGAUUUCCGUCCCCGACACCCACUCAGAAUCCCAAAGGGCACUAGUUUAGGCCCUGCAGAGACUAGAAAGUACACUGCUGCCCAAAGUGGCCUAGUCCCCUAGCUUUCUAACAGGAAAAGAAUGAAUGUUUAGCAGGAAGCUUGUCAGUGCACUGAACAUAACCUGGGACUGAGAAAGGAAUAGUGGCCAUUCUCUUCCCAUACCUACUGGGUUCCCGACUGUGCCUCCGAGCAGUGAGGUUUGUGGCUGCUGAUCUACAUUCCUUGGUAAUUCUAGAAAACUCAGGACAAUGGUAGUGUGAAACGGUCCCUGAGUACCCUCCACAAUCCCCCUCAGUAAUCAGUAAUACCAACACAGCUUCUCGCUGACAUCCGAGGUUAUAUAGCUGGAGCCUGGCCUGAUGGCAAUGAAGAGGUUGGGGGCGGAUGAACAUGGCCUCUGCUCCAUAGUUUACUACUUUGCCACGGGUCGUCUCCUCUGGGGGUGGCUGGCCCUUUCUGUCCUCCUGCCCGGCUUCUUGGUCCAGGCCCUGAGCUUUCUGUGGUUCCGAGCAGAUGGGCAUCAGGGUCACUGGUGGCUGGCAGUACUGCAUCUUCUGCAGCUUGGCGUCUGGAAGCGGCACUGGGACUCUGUGGCAACAGCUCUGUGGAAGGGAAAGGAGGCUCCCAGCUGGGGACAGCUGCACCUGCAGGAGGCUGACCUGUCAGCCCUACGGCUCCUGGAGGCUCUGCUGCAGACAGGGCCCCACCUGCUGCUUCAGGCUUACGUGUUCCUAGCCUCUGACUUCACAGACAUUGUGCCAGGAAUCAGUGCCCUAUUCUCCUGGUCUUCACUGUCCUGGGCUCUAGUGUCAUACAACCGUUUCCUGGGCAUCAUGAAGCCAGGUCACCAUACCAUGCUAUGGGCUGCUCUCUUGUGCCAGCAGCUCUGGAGGAUGGGCAUGCUGGGUGCUCGUGUGCUAAGCCUGGUUCUGUUCUGCAGAGUUUACCAUGUUUGGGUUUUGGUGGUUGGAGGUGCUCACUGGCUAGUGAUGACCUUCUGGCUCGUAGCCCAGCAGAGCGACAUUGUAGAGAGCACCUGCCACUGGAGGCUGUUCAAUCUGCUGGUGGGGGCCGUGUUCAUCCUCUGCUACAUCAAUUUCUGGGACAGCCCUUCCAGAAGCAGGGUGGCCAGCUUCUACUUGGUUAUGCUGCUGGAGAACUCCAUACUCUUACUACUGGCAACUGACUUCCUGCAGGGAGCACCAGGGACCAGCCUGUGGACUGUGGUGGGGGUCUUGUUUGGAUUUCUGAUUGGGUGUGCAUCGUUGGUUGUUUAUUACAGCUUACUACACCCUAAGUCCUCAGACAUCCAGCAGAGCUUCAUGAGGAAAUGCUGUGGCCCCAUCGAGGAUAACAAAGCUGAAUCAGAACCUUCUCCCAGGGCCAUGGUUCCCACAGGGGAGACGCCAGACAGCUCAAGCUGGUGCCAAGAGGAAAGCUAUGAGCUAACAAGCCUAGAUAAGGCCCCCAGCCCAGAGCAGAACACUGCGGAGGUGGGGCUCGGGGAGCAGAGAUCUGGGGAGUCCUCUUUCUUCAACCACCACCACUGGCUGUUGCUGAAACUUGCUCUCAAGACAGGAAGUGUAUCUAAGAUCAACGCAGCCCUCGGAGGUGACAGCCCUGGCUGCUCCUGUGUCCCUGUGCUGGGGUCGAGUCAACACUGUGAUCUGCAGAGGAAACCCCUGUUUUCCCAUCAAGACCUCCCAUCCUCUCCCUGUGACCCUUUGACCUUGGAGAAAGGGUCUGAGUACGUAGGGGCUCCGAAAGCAGAGAUGGAGUCAUUGGAAACUUCAAGCUAUCUCUCCUUUGCCAGCGAGCUUGAGGACAAUGCAACAACCCAGAAACCACCAGCUACCCAGGAGGACAGUCCAAAGCUGGCUGGUUCCAAGGCUGACCUUACAGCUCAGGGGAAGGAGACAGAUGGUCCCCUGCAGGGGAAGGAAGGACAGGAGAGCACAACACUGUAUUUCAGUGCCGCCAUGGACAGAACCACAUCCCACCAAAGAGGCAGCCCAGUAGUUCUGCGGAUAUCCCACUCAGGGACUCUGGUAGAGAGCGGAUCUGGGCAGCCUGCACUACCUCAGGCAGUCACUAAGCCCUUUCCUGUUACCGUGGCCGAUAUUAGUCCCAUUCCAGGUAGAAACUUCUGCCCCAGUGCAGGGCUCCCUGGAAGAGCCCCAGAUAGUUCAGAGUGUGAGGCGUGGAAGGACGCGGCAGGGGACCCGAGUAUGCAGAGCGCAUUGCCGAAGAUGAGGCUGAAGGCAGCUGAAGAGCCCUGCUUCACAUCUACCCCUAAGUCGGAGUCCAUCCAAAGGGACUACAGCUGCAGGGACAGGGUGAGACAGGAGAUGAGCUUUUUCAUCUGACCCUAGCCGUGGUGGAAUAAGACAGCAGGUCAAUACAUCAGACUGGCCGCUCAGCAUCAUGGGAAGAGAAAUCCCACACGCGAUGCCUGUGUUCUUCUACUUCUGGCCUCAAUCUACAUACCUGAAAAGAUGAAGGGACAGGAUUGGAUGAUGUCUAACCCCACUCCCCCGUACGCAUCACACAUGGCACAUGAUGCACAGCAAAACUCACAGGCAGUGGGGAGAAGCGAAGGGGCCUCCGGGUCCCUUUCCGAGCUGCUUGAACCCUACCUAGUGUGUCUCUUCGCAGCUUCCAAAAAAUGCAAAGGAAAGAGUCCAGUUGCAUCCUGGGUCCUUUAUAAUUAACCGUUCCUCACAUUGGAUGGAUAUUAAUCACUUUAAAAAAAUUGUCUCCAAGGUCCCUUGAGGCAACCCAUAUAGCUGUCUGCAACCAUUGUAUACCAAAGCCCCACGGGGAAAGGGACUUGGCCAGCUUAAUCAAAUGCACUAUUAAUCACCUUUUUAAAAACUGCUUUUGGGACUGAAGAGAUGGCCCCGCAGUUAAGAUCCUGCUCCUCCGGAGGACCCAGGUUCAAUUAAUUCCCAGUAUUUCUUUGGUAACUCAUGACUACCUGUAACUUCAGUGCCGGGGAGACAACAGUCAUCUCCUGGCCUCUGUGCACACGGCACACCCGUGAUUCAUAGUCAUCUAGGCAGGCAAAAUAUCCCUACACCUAAUAAUUUUAAAAAUAAAAUUGUGUUUCCCAGA